AUGCCCGAUACAAAUAACCAUCGGGAUCUAAAACCUGAAAAUUUGCUUUUGGAUGAUAGAAACAAUAUUAAGGUUGCCGAUUUUGGGAUGGCAUCUUUACAAGUUGAAGGUUCAAUGCUUGAAACUAGUUGCGGGUCACCACAUUAUGCUUGUCCGGAAGUUAUACGGGGAGAAAAAUACGACGGUCGGAAAGCUGAUGUUUGGUCCUGCGGUGUUAUUUUAUAUGCUUUAUUAGUUGGUGCUUUACCUUUUGACGAUGAUAAUCUGCGUAACUUGCUAGAAAAAGUUAAGAAGGGCGUUUUCCAUAUCCCUCAUUUCGUUCCAGCUGAUUGCCAAAAUCUUCUCAGGACUAUGAUCGAAGUUGAUCCACAAAAACGGCUUUCUUUGAGUGAAGUAUUCAAACAUCCAUGGGUUGCUGAUAGCUCGAAAGCCGAACUUGAACUUGAACUACCGAUGGCACAAGUUAUACAGACCUAUAUAAUCCCUAGCGAAGAAAACAUUGAUUCAGAUGUCUUUCGACAUAUGACGAAUUUGGGAUGUUUCAAGGAUAAGGAAAAUUGA